GCUCAUAGGUAGACCGAUACAUGAGUGAGGAAAGAGUACGUCGCUUCUAUCUCAGGUUUUAGGACUUGAGACUUGUACCUAGUGCUUUAAUAGACUUUAACCAAUUUAGUGAUCAAAAUGUUGCCACAAAGCGUAACAGAUCGUUCCACAUCGCCCACCACAACUCAGGGAGUAAUAUUUGGAUCUCAACUAGUCCAAGCAAACUCCAGAACUCCUUACAGCGAUGCUACUCAGACGAAGAAGCACAACCCAAACCACGUGAAGCGGCCAAUGAACGCCUUCAUGGUUUGGUCACAGAUGGAGCGGCGAGAAAUUGUCAAGUUCGCCCCUGACAUGCACAACGCAGAGAUCUCCAAGCAGCUGGGAAAGAGAUGGAAGAACCUGACAGAGGACCAGCGGCAGCCAUAUAUCCAAGAGGCGGAAAGACUACGUCUGCUGCACAUGCAAGAAUAUCCAGAUUAUAAAUACCGGCCACGCAAGAAGACAAAAUCUGGUAACUCUAAGUCAGUGGAGAAGGGGCGAGUGUCGAAAGCUAAGGACAAGAACAGUUCCAGCGUUAAUGCCAUCAAGGGUGUCAAGCUGACCGCAGACCCAUCCAGGGCGCACGUCACCACAGGUCUGUCAUCCAUAAACCACAACAAGCUCAAACUCAAGCUCAAGAUUGACAAAAAGUUCAAGGACUCGAUCCGGAACACAAACAACACACACACUAUGUACGUUCCCAUCGCGCAGUGCACGUCGCCCGCUGAGGUGCCUGCCACGCCCAACGAGAUGCCAGCCUCGCCCGAGAGCGCCUCCCUCUAUGACAACCACGUGACCACCACGUCCUCCAGUAGGAGCAGCAGCCGCGCAGCCUCUAUCAGCCCUGCCCCAGACAAGGAGCCCUUCAUUUAUGGUCUCUACACAAUCGAGAGUGCCCCUGGCCUCACCUCCCUCCGGCCAGAGGCCCUCGUGUCCUCCACCACUGUCACAUCCUCUAAAGAUGACCAUGACGACGACGACGAUGAUGAUGAUGAGAAGGAUGAUGUAAAACAGGACAUUCUGAUGUAUAAUCGAAAACGCCAUGCGGUGCGGGAUGAAGUGUUUGCACCUCGACCGGUCCCUCCAACUUCCCUCUCCAGUUCACGCGCGGCUGAUCCUCCGCCCAUCAAGAUGGAGCCGCUGGACAUCAAGCAGGAACCGCCAACGGAGUCCGCGCUGGCCGAUCUCGACUCCCUGACGGACCUGCUCCAGAUACCCUCCGACUUCAAAGUCGAAGUCGAUGAAAUCAACUCUGAUCUCGACUUUGACGCUGUGUCCACAUCAUCAGGGUCACACUUUGAGUUCUCUGACGUGUCGGACAUGUUGAGUGAUAUUGGUGUGAGCAAUGACUGUUGGGCCGACAUCGGUAUCAUCAACUGAUAACCCCGCGGCAGGCGAGCCGCGCAGUGUGCCGUCAUCGUGCACUGUGGUGCCAAGCGCACGAUUCAGCAACAUAAACUUCCACUAGAAGUUGUGGAGUCGAGGAAAGCAGCGCGUGAUCUAGUGUAGUGAUGUACUUCAUGAUUCUCCGUGUAAUUCUUCAUGUUAUUACAUAUAUUACUUAUAGGAAUCAUGAGAUAUGUGGUGGAUUGACCUCUCAUUUCAGUGUAUUCGAAAUAUAGUCAUACCGACACUCUAGGAACAUAAACCAUUAUAGUGUUGAAAAGUGCCAGUUUCACAGGUGGUCGCGUAAUACAAACAAUAAGUUCACCUGUGCGACAACACGCUCCCAGAGGACGUAAUGUUAAGUGCAUUUUUUUUUCAUCUCACGAGCUGUUUUAUUACGUUGUCAUCCCAUCACCAGUGACUGCAAGCAUCACUCAUUUCAUGUAUACAUCGUUAUUUUCAUCAUUACAUAAAUGGAGCAUUUUUUUAAAGCCAAAAGCCACAAACCUCCAAAGCCACGAACCCACAGCAAGUACCACUGAACCUGAGGUGGCGCCAGAACCAUUGCCAUUAAGUUUGAGUUGAGACGCUGAAGAAGAAAGAAGAACCACUUUCCGAAGAGCCAUGGAACGGAUCCCUCUCAAGUGUGCAUUUAGUGGUUCAUCAUCUCUUCGUUGAUCUGCUCUUGAGAGGUUUGUUUUGAUUUCCUUGAGUAGUGAGACUGGGACUGUUGAUCGUUAGAGAGUCACUGAUCCACACACAAUACAUACGCCGUUUGCUUUUUGCUUGGGCGAGUCAAGUUGAAGGGAAGGAUAACGGUAACGUUUAGUACUUGAGGACACGGGAACUUCAGGAUAUCAGAGCCUCAGUGUUAUAAUGUUAAGUUCUGGUCGUUCUCCUCACCAGUAAAUUAUUUCAAUAACAGGAAUUACCUCCUAACAUAAUUAGGCCCACCAACCACCCUCCCCCCACCCCAACCCCCUGUCUCUAGUCUUUACGUUCAGGUUACUCCAGAGAAAGAAAACAAAAAAAAAAUGUAUUUUAAUCAUUCGACGAAGAAGUUCUCCACAACGCAUCCGAUGGGCAUUUAGUCUGAAACGUGUGUACACAGAUGAGCAGGACGCACACGGGCCUGGACAAGGAGCUGUUGUUGACACUAGCUUGUAAGUCCCCCUCAAAAAAAUAAAAAAAAUACACGACAGUGGAGUUUAAGGUGUCUCGUUUUGAUAUAUUCUGAUUCUCCGUUUUCAUUUUAAUUCUCUCUCUCUCUCUCUCUCUCUCUCUCUCUCUCUCUCUCUCUCUCUCUCUCUCUCUCUCUCUCUCUCUCUCUCUCUCUCUCUCUCUCUCUCUCUGGAGUCCGCCAGUCUUUUCUUUUGUAUUCUUGUCAGCACAGGCCAAGAGCAAGAUGUUUUGAGGAGAGUAAUAUUUGUUUGUUGGAAGCUUUGUUGAGAGCAAAACGGCAGACUCAGAAGUGUUACAACCGAGGCUCCUUGGCCCUGUCUUCGUCGUCCCAGCGCUCUCCGAAAAACAGGUUCCACCCACUAAACCACCCGGUUUCAUAUAUAUCUAUAUAAACAGUAUAUAUGAAUAUCUAGUGUAAUGGUCAUUUUGUACUAGUAUUAAUGCAGAUAUCCGUGCUCUAUGGCGCGAAGCGUGGAAGGCGACACUAAAACUGGGUCGUUCUCUACGAUUGGUUGGCGAGUUUGGAGGGCGUCGACCAGACAGUACAUUCAUUGGUCGAGUCGUUGGCCAAUCACAGAGUGUAAGACGGGACCAAGUGCGGGUAGACGACUUCCAUCGCCUCGGGUCGCGGCGUUCGGGUUAUACCAUAGACUGCCGAUCGUCGGAUACACACAUUGCAUUACACAUUAUACCCUCUGUCUUUCCUAAGUAAGUAAAUGAGAAAAAAUCAGCAGGUACGUCUCGUCACUCAUUAACCCGAGUGUGGCUGGGCUUAACAGGUCUCGGGAGGGGACCUUAUAUUUUUUGUAUUUUGUUUUCCUCUAUUUUGGCUGCAAUUUCGAUGUCAUUUUUUCUUUCCUUGUAUUGAAGUUGCACCGUGAGUGUGGUCCCGCCGACUUGCUAAUCCCUCUCACACUAUUGUCUCGGCAUUAUCUCUCACUCAUGUCUUAGUAUCAUUAAGGCAACCGUUCUGAAUACUGUUAGCUACGCUCUGAAAAUGGCUUGGUGUUUUUAUGUCAGAAGCUGAAUGGCAGUAUAAGUAAAAGCAUAUACAUAUAUAUAAACAUAUACUACUGAUGUGAUUUUCUGAUUGAAUCUUCUCACAAGUUUCGACCGUAUCACCUUCCCUCCCUCCCGUUUCAUUCCUCAUGGUAGCCAGCCACUCAUGCUUUAGACUUGAUUUCUGUCCUUUUCUGUCUCCCUCUUAGUGAUCGAACUCAGAACUGUACGGUGAGUUAUGCUAUAAGCCAAGAUGACAAGUUUCGCCUGUGAAAUGCAUCCUGUAUUCCCUUUAAAUAGAAAAAAAAAAGUAAUGAUAUGCUUACUCUCAUACCAUCCUUGCCCCUGUCUGUCCAUGUAAACUAUUUAUGUUUUUUUACAUAUACAAAAGAAGUUGAUUUGCUGGAUGUAUUUACAGUUUGGAUAUACCUUGUGUGAAGUAGAACGGGAAUGUUUUGUGUGAAGACGAAUGUAUGUAUCGGUACUUGGUGAGGGGAGUCGGGGCUUGUCUGGGAACGCAUUCCUUUGACUGAAUGAUUGUUGAAUAUUUUGUACUAAAGGAACGCGUUUUAGGAUCCCCCGAGUCCCCACGCACCGGUGUCUAGACACCGCAUAUACAGGUUCUGGAUACCGUUUCUCGAGAGGCGAAAGGUACCGAUACCACAGAAUGUUUCUCGAAGUCCGUCAAAGGGGCCUCACCUCUCCGUGGUUUGGCUCAGGAGGUACCUUUCACGGACCAUAGAUGCUAUUCGCUGGUUAUUGAUACCGCUUAACUUACGUGAAUUAGAGCAAUAAGGAGUAUUUUGUAGGUGUUUUACAAUUUAUUCCUUUAUACUUAUAAUGUUUAUAUAUCAUGUGAACGAAAGAAACCGGAGAAAAGAGGAAUUUCCAGUGUUAGUAACUAUGUACUGUAAGGCUCCAUGUUCUUUGAUACACUUUGGCACGAUUGUAUACACGCUUGUGCAAGCAGGAGUGGAUCUCCCUACGUACAUGUUCACUCCACGUUGUUGAUCGGGUGGAGUUUGUCUCCUUGUUUGUUGAAUAACUUGUAAUGGGAAACCAACAACUACAACUAGUUACACUUUUUGGCAUGAAUAUUAACAUGACUGUGUCCGGAGUGGAUCUCCUUUAUAGUAAUAAUCAAUAUUGAUGGUCAGAUAUAAUAAGAGUUUUUGAAUCAGGGAAGCUGGAUGGAGUGCGCCUUCAUGCAACACACGAUGGUACUGAGUUGUCUCGAAUUCAGUUCGUCCCCUUUAUUUUUUAGAGUUUCUGAUCUCCCAGCCACAAUCAACUUCCCCACAUAACAGUUAAUUGUGUCUCCUAGCUGUUACUGGAAUCUCCUAGAAAAUUCACUGGAUCCUGGAAUUCCUAAGAGCUCCUGGCAUGCACUAGAACACCUGCGACUGGCUAGAUGCCUCGCAAAAUCAGGUGCUGGAACAUUCUUGUCUAUUGCAAGGAGCUCCUAGUAGUUACUGGAACCUUUUGUAUGCUGCUGGUCGCUCCUGAAGAACUUUGGAGUUGCUACUUUUGUCUCUUAGAGCCUCCAGCAGUGUUUCUUUGUUGCCAGGAGACCGUAGGAGUCCCCCUCGGCAUCCUACUGUAACUAUGUGUUUGUUGUCAAGAGCUUCUGCCGAUUCCUGAAGCCAGUUGAUGUUAGAAGUUUCUAGCGGUUUUACGGGAUUACUGCACGCUUGACUGUUCCUUGAGGCUGUUAUUUACCACUGCUGGAAAACUGCUGCCACGUGGGCCUGUGAUCUGCCUCCCCUCCGUCUUUUGUUCACUAAAUCAUAUUGCAGUCAAGUCUCCAACUGACUUGUCCAUUUUGGGGGACUUAAGCUUCUCUCAGACAGGUAUAAUUACACAUAGAAGGCGGAAGCCAUAGCUGGCAGCCGUUUUCGUCUCAUUUGUUGUUAUUUUUAUUAUAAAUUCAUAUUUUUACUUCCAGUAGUCUUUGGAAGUCUCUCAAUGUGCGUAUGUGACUGGAAACUUCUAGCACUUAUGGCAGCAAGGUUUUCUCUCAAACCACAGGGAGCUUCUGGCGACCACUGGAAGUUUCUCGUAAGCGUCUCCUAGCAGUCAAGGGACUUUUUUUUAUACUAGGAGCUCCUAGCAAUUAGGACCCGUAGCCAACUAGCCGGCAGAGUAUUGCCGCGUCUUCCUGAAAAAGUACAAUGAUCGUGACCGUGAGAGAGCGGCUCGUGAGGACCUGGGUGGCGCCUCCCGAGUUGACGCACCUCAGGAUUUCUCGACGUUUUGUUAUUUUCCUUAAGUACCCCUUCUGAGAUUGGAAGGGUUUAUUGGGGGAUAGAUAAGAGUUAAUUUUGUUAAAGAUAAGUCCGCUUCAGUCCAUUGUGAAAGGAAUAUUAUGAAUUUAUUUUGUUACAUAUUUUUGGAACCAUUUUGAACUUAUUAGUUGUUGUGGGAAAGCCACCCGGGUGUUACGAACUGGUCGCCUGGUCACCUGCCCCUCCCCACCUCCCCCUCCCGCACUCACCUCCCGAAGUCACUUAAAAAUAUUUACUUAAGUCAUUCCAUUAAUUUUUUUGGUAAAUCAGAUGUCAGGUAAAACUGACGAGUUUGUUUCAAUUUAUCGUUUCAUGUUGAAUAUUUGAGGACAUAUAAGGCGAACAAACAUUUUGAUCAACUAAUUCUUUUUUAUUUACUUUACGUUGUGAUCGAAGCCAGCAGUCAGCCAGCUUGAUAAAUUGUCAGUUUAAGCGGCAAACAUUAUUAAGAGUGAACUUAAGCACCACUUGAGCCAAUCACUUCCCUGAAAUUGGAUAAGCAAAUUGAUUUUCAGUGUUCAAAUGCUGGCCAGCUGGCGUCGCCCCGCGAGGGAAUAUAAUUAUAAAAGGUACAUAUGGACUAUAUAUUUACACGGUCGGUCACCUAGGGAUAACUUAGAGCUAAUUGUGACAUGAUCAAUUACCUCUUUUUUAUAUGCUGUUAUCACUUAUAAUUAGAUAGAAAUUCCAGGUGUUGUGUUAUUAUUAAAAGUAAUAUUGGGAUAUUUAUAUAUAAAAAGUUGGAAAUUAUGUAUGUGUGAUAGGUGAGUAGCUGAGUACAACCUUACGGUUAUGUUGCUACUUUGUUCUCCGCCAAUGAAAAAGGAAAAAAAAAUACCAAACAAAAAAAAAUAUAUAUAUAUACAUAAUAUUUUGGAUAUUUAUCAGCAUUUGGGAUUAAGACGAAUAUUUAUUAUGAUUUUUUUAACAUUAAUUUGGUGGCCAGCGGGAGGGCGGCGGCGGCCCCCUCCCCCCUCCCCCCAACACACACCUUCAGGCUGUCACCGUCAAGCACAAACCGGCCGGGCUGUGUCCCCGGGCGGUGGGGGUCGCUGCUUCCCCCGAGCCGAGCAACACGGCGAUGCAGUGCGAUCCGCCUCGUCCGUGUGAUCCAACCUGCCGGAUACUUACCUGGUUAAACUUUCGGUGUGCAUUAUUAUUAUUAUUAUUAUUAUUAUUAUUAUUAUUAUUAUUAUUAUUAUUAUUAACGUAAUUUUCAGUAAAACAAGUUUUUUCUCGGUCAUUUUAUUUUUUAUGCAUUUAAUUUUUUUAUUUUUUUUUUUAUUAAUUGAUUGCGGACUUUCCUAUUAUCCUGUGUGUGUGCCGAUGCCUCAUUGCUAGGUGGAGGAGCAUUACUGGCGUGAGGGUCAACUCAAGGCAGUCAAAGGUGGAGUCCUGCACAUCGCUCAUCAGUUUAGCGGAAAACGAUGGACGCAUUAAAUUUAAAA